UGCCACCUGUCGGCAGGUUUUGUUAUAAACCUCCGUUAGCUUGCUUUUUGUAUUUGAACGAGCCUUAGCAUUACACAGUUUAAUCAACAGCUACACAAAUAAUGAAUCGCAAGAAUAAUGCUCCGUUCAAGCCUUCAGCACCAAACAAAGGAGCAACUUCAGGAUACAAACAAGCUGCGCCUGGAAGAGUUCCUCCAGACUUCAUGAAGGCUAUGAAACGCAUAUCAGCACCUGACAUGGCUGUAAAGACUCAACCUGCUCAGAAAGCUGCAGUUCAGUCUCCUGCUGUAAAAUGGAAGUCUUCAUUCACACCGCUUGACAAAAAAGGUGACAACUCUCAGGAAAAAAGCACAAGCAGCUCUGAAAGGACUGAACUUUAUGACCCCUGCAGCCCUCUGUCAUCUGAUUCUGAGCCUGAGAUGCCAAAAACACAAGAACACCACCAGUCCCUGCCCAAUCAGGACCACAAGUCAGGACAUAAACAUUUGUCUGCAGGCAGAAAACAACGCUGGGACGUACCUUACUCCGAAUCAGCGAGCCAACACCUUAACAGAAAUGACUUUAAGACUGGAACUUUGGUUCCAGAGAAUCGAGGUCUCAGUCCAGGACACAGACUGCCUGAACGACAAGCUUAUAGCCCAGAGGCCGAGUCAUUUAAUCAUCCAGGUUAUGGCCCCAUGAGUGGACCCCUGGGCCAAAGAGGCUGCAGCCCUGACAGGCUUAUUCACGCCUCUUCCACCCAGCUGUCUCCUGUGUCUUACGGAGGACAGAGGACGACGGAGGAGAGGACAACAUUGCCAGAAUACAGGAGAGAGAUGAACGCUGCUGUAAGAUUGUCUCCACCCAGAUUAAAGCGGGACUAUCAGCAUACUUUAGCAUAUGAAGAAACAGGACUGGACCAAGACCCACCUUCCACAAAGGUGGCGAGGGACAAGAACGAAUCUGUAGUGAGGGAUAAGGUCCCCAUCACAUGUGACCUCUGUGAGGUUGAGCUUGCAAAUGGGAAGGAGCUGGAGGAUCAUUUAGACAGCAAAAGUCACUGGGACACUCUGGAGCACAUUCAGAAGAACAAUAAUUACGAUGAUCUGGCUAUUGCGUUCCUCCAGGAAGUCAUGCUGUAUAAAAGCCAUCAUUGUAGCCGCCCCAUAGAGGACAGUGCACUACAAGCUCUGCAGGAGAACGACCACAUGACAAGGGUGGAAAUGUUUCACUGUGCCGCCUGCAAACUCUUUAUCUCCACGUCUGCAGCCGAGGUGCAGACACACAUCACCUCUCAGGCACACCUCUCCAACACAAAGGAGUUCCAGCAGCAGCAGAGACUCACGUGCCUCGGCAAAGCAGAAACCAUGCUGAAGGAGCUGAAACCACAGUUUGAAUACUUCCUAAAGGGUGGCAACCCACUGGAAUAACAGAUGUUUCCGUCAUCAAAAUAGUGCUUACACCGAGACGCUGAAGAACAACGGAUGCCACAACCACAUAUUAAUGCUGUCAGUUCUGAUGCUCGUCGCUAACAGAGCAUACUGUUUAUCUGCCAUUCAAGAUGUGUCUGAAUAAAUGGAGAAUUCUUCAGUCUUC